CGCCAACAACAGUAACAAUUAUAUUGCAAGCUCUACUCUCCAAUCCUACCAAACCCACCAACCCAAUUCCACACUCCUCAUCUUCCACCGUCCCAAUCCCUCAACAACUGGACGACACACCACACACCCCUCCCUCCCACAGCAACAUGUCAACAACAGCACCACCACCUCUACCAACAGAACCCUACACCACAACACGCACCCCCUACCCAGCGAAAACCCGCACCCAAACCGCCUCCAUAUCCUCCGUCCCCACCACCGCGACCGCAACCUACUUCUCAGACAAGAUCCUCAUAACCAUCUCCCAAGACGGCCGUCUCGCUCACUGGUUACACGUCCCCCUUGACAUCUCCCCCACAGACUCCUCGCUCACAUCGCCGUAUACCUCCCACGACAACGAAACGUCCUCGGAUUUGCUGCCGAUGCACCACUUAACAGCGACGACGGUGUUAGGCGGCACGAUGGCUGGCCUCGAUGUGCUGGGGCAGACGCUGGCGACGCAGGUGGCGAGCGCGAUUCUGGUUAGGGAUCCGGGGGAGAGGAGGAUGGUGGUGUUGGGGUUGGGGCUCGGGAGGGGGUUUGUGGAGGGCGAGGGGGCGAGGGAGGCUUUUGGGGAGGUUGUUGGGUUGGCUUUGGGGGUGCUUUGAGUGAGCGUAAUAUGAGUAGGAGGGCCAUGGGAUGGUGAAGCUGAAGAUCAUAGGGAGGGAUAUGCAUGGUUUAUGGCUGUUUCUGUGUUUGAAGAGAAGGCCGGCUUAUGCGGUCGUCAUGAGUUGGUAUGAUAUCUAUGUAUGUAUACGCUUUUCCUUUUGUCCUUCCCUUUUUUCGUCUUCAUAUUCUCAUCAUUCCCGAGGUAUCAUGAUAAAAAGUUCGUCUAUAAAUCCCAUCCAAUUCCAUUCCAGGAUCCCUCACUGACCUUAAUGAUAUCCCAGAUCUCCCCUCCCUCCCAAAAAGAACAAGUGAAAACGCCGAU